AUGCACAGUCAGGGAAAGCUUGUUGACAAUGUUAUUGCACCGCUAACUCAAAGGCUUUUCGAUUCAUCAUCAGCAGUUCGGCGAGCUGUUGUUGAGCUGGUAGGCUCAUGGUUGUUAGAUCUACCUGAUCGGUAUUCAUAUCAAACAAAGUUACUGCCUCUACUUCUGUCUGGUUUCAUCGAUGAAUCGGAUGAAAUUCGUCUAGUCGCUUCGAAGUUGUGGCACAACAUAGGACUUAAGUUUGAGAAAGAAAAUGAAGACCAGCUGAAAGACAAACUAGAUUUUGACCCUGGUCCCCCUUUUUACUAUCCGUAUGGGUACGAACGGCCAAUACUUGGUUGUCGAGAGCUCGUUUACAGAUCAGCUUCCAAACUAUUCCCAGGCUUAUGUAAAGAUCUAUCGGAUUGGCAAGAAGCAACACGUUUAAAAGCAGCCAGUUUAAUACCAAUAUUAAUAUUACAUCUGGAAGAAUCAGCCACUCAACACACUCAACAUCUUUUAACUGGUAUUGCAAACGGCUUAACUGAUGCACUUAGUCGAAUAUCACCUGUUGGAAAUAUGUCUUUAAUCAGUAUGAUGCCUUUUGUAUCGUUUCGGGGAAAAGCAUCGUAUUCACCAGAUAUAAUCUCUCCUAAUAAAUUGGAUAUAGUUGAUUUGGUCGUUACAUCUAACACCUCUCAGGUGUUUGGUUCAUCUGAAGCCAACGAAGCAACUAAAGUUGUAAAUCAAUUGUUUAUUGCUGCUCAGAUCUUGGGUUGCAUGAUCUCCACUAGCUUUUGGUGGCAUUUACUGGAACCAUGUCUUGCUCGUUGCACUGAAUCUACUGCACCAUCAUCAUUAGCUGGACAUUUACUCCUUUUAUCUGGUUUACUUCGUGGUAGUCCACUGAAUCAAUUGAUAAAAAUCAACGAAAUGAACGAGUUCAAACAUAAUUCAUCAUUGAAUAGCUGUUCUGUUCUGAUUGCUAAUUCUCCCGUCAAUAAUAAUAAUAAUAAUAAUAAUAAUAAUAAUAAUAAUAAUAAUGAUACUGGCCUUAGUAUUCAUGAUGAGGAAAGUAAUGGGCAUAACGAUUGCCAAAUUGAAAGUAAUUACGUCAAGGAAACUUACACACCAACUAAUUGUAGCCCAUUACAUAAGAUUAUUGCCUAUCUUUGUCAAAAUGAAUUGGUUUCUGCCAUGUCGCUUAGUUCUAAAGUAGGUCUAUUAGAAUGUGUCCAAGUGUGUAUUAAACAUAUAGAAGAAGCAGUUGCUUUAUUAAAACCGGAACCAAAACAUCAAUGGGAUACUUUACAGCUGAAUGAUGAUGGUCCUAAAAAUAUCAUUCAAGCUACUUAUGAUGCAGCGAAAUUAGUUGUUCAGGAUAGCCAGAUUCGUUCAUGGUUAUUUGAGAUAAUUCUUGGAUUGGGUGCAGUUUGGCCAGAAAAUGAUAUAAUAUCAUCAGAUUUCGGUCGUACAGUACUCAAUUCAUGUGAUAAACUUAUGCAAAAGUUGGCAGUUUGUCAUCGAGACUGUAUAAAAUUAUCCGAACAAUUCCAUCUCCCAAAUCAGGACUUAAAAGUAAAUUCAACACCGACUAGUGACAUGGAUCAGCUGUUUUACAGCUGUAUGCCUAAAUUAAUUGAUAGAUUAAAUGAAGAUUUAAAAAAAUCUAUUUCAUGGCAUCCACAUUCAUUUGGAUUAGCUAUACUUUCACGUUGUUUGCAAUUAGCUACUGGAUCAGCAUUAUUAUUUACAUUUAAUAGUCAACAUAAUAAUAGUCAAACUAAUAAAGAAUGUUUAACAGCUGUACUGGAUCUUUUAGAACGUGGUUGUCGACUAAAUUGUGCUCCUGGUAACUGUGGUGGUGGUGGUGUUGAUACUUGUAGUAGUCAUUUGGAUAAGUCACCCGGCGGUACGGAUCCACUAACAUUGGCCAGUGAAGCUGAACUUCGUCUACGUGGUUUAAUGUUACUUACAAAAUUAACAGACAAUAGUCAAAUUAGGAUAGUAUUAUCAUCACCAAAAUAUUUGAAUUAUUGUUUUUCUAAAUUGAUUUUACCUGUAUGUGUAUGGAGAGCUGGUCGUACAUCGGAAGCAAUGAGAAAGGCAGCUAUUACAAGUUUUCUAGCAUUAUUAGCCAGUGCUGUAUCAAUGCAUCAUUUUUCUGAACUUGUUUUGAAUUUACGAACUAACAGUGAAAUCAACAUAGAUAAUUGGCUUUUAACUAAUAACAUUGAAUCGAUGCAUGAGAUUAUGCAAGAGUUAUCAAGCAAAGAGGAAGUCAGUGAUAAUAUUGGCAAUAAGAAUGAUGAUGCUAAAAAUGAAAUACCAUCCAUUCCAAAAUAUAGUAAUCUGCCAAAUUUAUCUAGUUCUUUGUUAUCUUUGAUGUUGGCACGUUUAGGCUCAUUAUUAGAUGAUGAUUUGGAAGGGACUAGACGUUUAGCUUGUCUUUGUUUAACAAUAUUUUUUAAUGGUCUCCUUAUACCCUCACCAUCAUCAUCAUCAACGGCAAAGUUAUCUAAUGAUAAGCGAAAUGAUUGUGAAGAAAAUCGAUGUGUAGAUUUUCUCAAUUCCGUUACAUGGAUUCAACCUCUUACUAAUACCAAUACUAUUAGCGGUAGUAGUAGUAGUAGUAGUAGUAGUAGUAGUAGUAGUAGUAGUAGUAGUAGUAGCAUCUGUAAUCAUGAAUUACCUAAAGACAAUAAUUUACAAUUGCCCUAUUGUCCACUGGCCAAUUCAUUUGGUGAUCACGUCUAUCGUUUCUACGGUAAUUUUAUCAAACGUCUAAAUGAUUCGAAAGACCAGAUACGAUUACUUAUCUGUGAAACAAUCAAUGCAUGGAUUCGUUUACUUUUUCCAAUGUUAACAUCAUCAUCAUCAUCAUCAACAACAACCAAUAAAACAUCUCAUCAAUUAAAUCCACUCUAUACUGCUGUUAUAGAAGAUUUCUUAAAUAACCUCAUUAUUCAUUUAGAUGAUCCUAACCCACGAAUCCGUGCCAGUGUAUCACGUGUUAUCCUACGAAUUGAUCAAUUUGCUUCAAAUCUGGUGAUUAAAGUUUUAAACAAAGCCAAAUUAUGUCAUCGAUCAUCUCAAUUAUGUGAUAAACUAUUAGAAUUUUGUCAUUCACAUAACGAUUGA